CGACGUGCCUCAACGUCAUGUGAUUCCUCUGUUGUUUGCUAACAUCAUGUAAACAGAAACGGGGGAAGUGGUGCAAAUAUCCAUUUACUCUCGUUCAAUAAUGAGUCUUUGCUAAAGAUUUAGAAGAUUUCUUUAUUAUUGUUUUUUUUUUACUUUCACCGUUGUUCGUCUUUAUAUCUUUAAACACGACCAACGGAAGCAGCUGUGUUUUCGCUGAAGAUGAACGCGCUGGUGGCUCUGUGUCAUUUCUGUGAGCUCCAUGGCCCACGAACACUGUUCUGCACCGAGGCGCUACACCCACCAUCCCCAGACCCUUCGUCUCAGAUGGGAACCCCUGUGCCAGGAGACAGGGAUGGUGACCGGGAGGGUGAAGGUCUGACUAUGAGGGCCAACAGCUCAGCAACACCGAGAGGAGAGAUGUGUGAGGGUUGUCGAUCUCUACCUGCAUCUCAUCCUGGCUUUGUGAGCAUCGAUGAUGAAACAGGCAUUCGCUUCUUGAGCCAUCAGCAUCCCAGGCAGUCCCAGCUUUUCAGUGUGGUCAGACAGGCCUGUGUACGCAGUCUCAGCUGUGAGGUGUGUCCUGGCCGUGAGGGGCCCAUUUUUUUUGGCGAUGAGCAGCAUGGAUUUGUGUUCUCACACACCUUCUUUAUCAAAGACAGCCUGGCCCGCGGUUUUCAGCGAUGGUACAGUAUAGUUUUGGUGGCCAUGGACAGGAUCUACCUUAUCAACUCCUGGCCUUUCCUGCUCCGUCACCUCAAGCUCACAAUACAUAGUCUUCAAAGCACAGCUUUAAAGGUGUUUGACAGUGAGCAAGGAGGUUGUCCCCAGAGAGCUCUGAGGAUGAACAGUGUAUUUUCCCCAGCAGUUUUUCCACACCAGAGGAGUGGGAAUGCGGCUCGAUCGCUAACCUCACUGACCCAGCACCCCAACCUCUGGGCUAGUCUGCACUGCUCUUUUAGCUGGUUGCUGAAAGCUAGUGGCAGUCGUCUAACAGAGAAGCUUCUUGAGGGGGCCCCCACUGAAGACACACUGGUGCUUAUAGAGAGACAAACAGAGCAAGAAGAAGAAAUGAGUUGCUGGGAAGGAGCAGAAGGAGGCAGGUCAGAGUCACAGUUACUCCAAACCGACGGCAAACUGGGUCUGCUGUGUGAAGCUUCAAAAUCGGAUGAUGUGCCUGGUCCAAAAUUUAAAUCAUUGAGACACUUGAGACAGGUCCUCGGGGCGAAUGACUUUCGACAGCUAUCAUGGCAUGUGCUCAUGGGAAAUCAGGUCAUAUGGAGAAGUGCAGACCCCGGACUCAUCCAGUCAGCAUUUACUGUGCUAAAGUCUUUGCUGCCAGUGGGCUGCGUGCGCUCCGUCCCAUACAGCGCUCAGUACGAAGAAGCCUACAAAUGCAACUUCCUGGGUCUCAGCCCAGACGUUCCUAUCCCGGCCCACGUCAGCUCCUCAGAGUUUUCAGUGCUGGUGGACGUCAUGUUGAAGGGUUCAGCUGCAGGCGAAGAUGAAAUCUGUGCACUUUAUCAGUUCAUCAUCAGCAGCGCCAACACACAGCCGACAGACAGAGGUCCAACAUUGCUGAACAAACUUGAGGUGGCUCUGUCUAACGAGAACUUGUCUGUGGAUGUUGUGUCUCACUGCCUGCUGUGCCUGAAGGAGGAGUGGAUGAACAAAGUCAAAGUGCUGUUUAAAUUCUCCAAAGUGGACGGUCGGGGCAGGGAGGACACCCAGAAGGUUCUGGCCCUUCUCGGCGCCACGGGGCCCGGCGAGGAAGACAACGUCAGGCUGUUAAAGUACUGGAUGACUGGACUGAGCAAAACCUACAAGAGUCAUUUAAUGACAGCUGUGAGAGGAGGAGAGAGAAGCCCCAGCCAGUGAUAAAAAAAAGAGGAGGAGGAGGAGGCGGGACGUGGUGAAGAAAAGAAAAGUGACAGCAAUAAUAUCUAAAGCUAAACGAAGCAAGAGUGAGUCUUUUCAUGGGUAGUUUUGUUGACUGUAUGGAUUCAGUGUUGAAUGAAGGAGCGCUGUGAAUGGAUGACAGAAAUGAUUUUGCUCAUCCAUUAUUGUCUUUUUAAGUAAUGAGAAAUCUAUUGUGUACUCUCCUCUGAUGAUUAUCCUGCUCAGAUUAAUACAUGGAGUAAUUUUGGAUAAAGCAUGGGGGCCUUUUUUGUUAAAGGGAAUUCUUCUAUAGGACCUCCCAUCAUGUGAAGUUUAACUUAUUACUAAAAGUUUUUCCACUUUGUUUAUUAAUACAGAUGCGUCCCUAAAGAAAUAAACUCACUCUGAUGCACUUUAUUCCCAAAUUGGCUCCAUCUGGUGGUGAAGUGGGGAAAUGAAAGGAGUGAAAGUGCAGAAGGAGUGUUUCUCCUGCAGCUCCCACUCACUUGUUUGACUGGAGCUCAGCCAACAAGUCUCAAGUGGUGUAAGACAAGACUUUUAAGGUUUUCUGCAACUCAAAGUUGUACAAAAUGGUUGCAUAACAAGUUCUCUCACUAGUAGGGCCACGGCAUUUGCACAUUUUUGGCUCCUUAACGAGCCAGUCACACGCUGAUCCUCUCUGCUUUUUCUGUUGUUUUUUUUGUAUUUUUGUGUAAGUCCAAAGCGUCUCUUGCUUUGCUGAGGUCCGCAGACUUUGGUCAAUAAAAUCCGCCAACAUACGGCUCUGUUUAAA